UACAGAUCUUCUCGCUCUCUCUUUCAUCUCUCUAUUAAAUCUCCUCUCCCUCUUCAUUCGCUCGACCAUUACAUUUCUUCUCCUCUUCCUGAGAAAAAUGGAGGAAUAGUUUCAAACUCUUUUGCCUUCUUUUCUAGAUCUGUUCUUUUCAAGGUGCAUACUCUAUAGGAUAUAACGUAGUAGAUAGAAAUGGCAUUAGGGAAGUAUUCGAGAGUAGACAACCGAAGGUCCUCAUCGAGCUAUUGCUCAACAGUGACCAUUGUUGUAUUCGUUGCUUUGUGCUUGGUUGGAAUAUGGAUGUUAACAUCAUCAUCUGUAGUUCCAGUUCAAAAUAUUGAUGUGCCACAGGAGAACAAAAAUCUGGCAAAAAAUCAAGUGACUGAGACCAAUGAGGGAAAGACUCAGCCUUUUGAAGAUAAUCCAGGAGAUUUACCUGAUGAUGCAAGGAAAGGGGAUGACAAUGAAGGUUCUAAUCAGCAGGAAAGCCAGGAAGAGAAGCCUGAAGAGAAGCCUGAAGAGAAGCCUGAAGAGAAGCCUGAAGAGAACCCGGAAGAGAAGCCUGAAGAGAAGCCAGAAGAGAAGCCUGAAGAGAAGCUUGAAGAGAAGCCCGAAGAACAGAAUGAGGACAAGAACGGAGGGAAUGAAGAAACUAAACCAGACGAGGGAGGAAAAACAGAAGAUGGUUAUUUGAAGGAGGAAAAUGGACAACCAGGUUCUGAAUCUAAGCCAGAGACUGGUGACAAUGGAUCUGGUGGACAAGGAGAUUCUGAGGAGAAUUCUAAUGAGAAACAAUCAAAUGAUACAGAAGAGAAAAAUGACGAUGAGAAAAAAACAGAUGACUCAAACGAUACUAAAGAUGGAGAAAACAAUAAUGGUCAGGAAGGGGAGAAUGUGAAGCUAAGUGAAAAAAGCUCUGAUGACACAAAUGAAAAUAACCAAUCCAAAAACCCGACUUCUGGUGAGGAGUUUCCUUCUGGUGCUCAGUCGGAGCUUUUGAAUGAAACAUCAACACAAAAUGGGGCAUGGUCAACUCAGGCAGCAGAGUCAAAGAAUGAAAAAGAGACUCAAAGAUCUUCCACGAAACAAUCUGGGUAUGAGUGGAAAAUUUGCAACGUUACUGCUGGAUCAGAUUACAUUCCUUGCCUCGACAAUUUGCAAGCAAUUAGGAGUCUUCCAAGUACAAAACAUUAUGAACAUCGAGAGAGGCAUUGUCCUGAAGAACCGCCCACCUGCCUUGUUUCACUUCCAGAGGGGUAUAGACGCCCAAUUGCAUGGCCAACUAGCAGGGAAAAGAUAUGGUACUAUAAUGUUCCCCACACAAAACUUGCUGUAGUUAAGGGACAUCAGAAUUGGGUAAAAGUUUCUGGUGAGUACUUAACAUUUCCUGGUGGUGGGACCCAGUUUAAGCACGGUGCUCUUCACUACAUUGACUUCAUACAAGAGUCUGUCAAUGAUAUCGCUUGGGGAAAACGAUCACGUGUAAUUCUGGAUGUUGGAUGUGGGGUGGCAAGUUUUGGAGGAUUUCUUUUUGAAAGAGAUGUACUAACCAUGUCAUUGGCCCCAAAGGAUGAACAUGAAGCACAAGUCCAGUUUGCACUUGAGAGGGGAAUUCCUGCUAUAUCUGCUGUUAUGGGCACAAAAAGACUUCCCUACCCAGGAAGAGUUUUUGAUGUUGUCCAUUGUGCUCGUUGUAGAGUACCAUGGCACAUAGAAGGUGGAAAACUUCUGUUGGAGCUGAAUCGUUUGUUGAGGCCUGGUGGCUUCUUUGUGUGGUCUGCUACACCAGUCUAUCAGAAGAAUGCUGAAGAUGUUGGAAUAUGGAAUGCCAUGAAAGAAUUGACGAAAGCAAUGUGCUGGGAACUUGUAUCAAUUAACAAAGAUACGGUGAAUGGCGUUAGUGCAGCCAUAUAUAGGAAACCUACUAAUAAUGAUUGCUAUGAGCAGAGAUCUGAAAAAGAGCCGCCUGUCUGUCCCGAUUCAGAUGAUCCAAAUGCAGCAUGGAAUGUGCCACUCAAGGCAUGCAUGCACAAAAUCUCGACAAAUGAAUCAGAACGUGGUUCUAAAUGGCCAGAGCAAUGGCCAGCAAGGUUGGAGAAACCACCAUACUGGUUGUUGGAUUCUCAGGUUGGAGUUUAUGGGAGAGCUGCUCCAGAGGAUUUCACUGCAGAUCAUAAACACUGGAACCGUGUCGUGACAAAAUCAUAUCUAACUGGCAUGGGAAUUGACUGGUCAACCGUCCGAAAUGUCAUGGACAUGAGAGCUGUCUAUGGAGGAUUUGCUGCUGCAUUGAAAGAUUUGAAAGUGUGGGUUAUGAAUGUUGUCUCAAUAAACUCUGCUGAUACUCUCCCAAUUAUCUACGAACGAGGUUUAUUCGGUAUAUAUCACGAUUGGUGUGAAUCAUUCAACACCUACCCGAGGUCGUACGACCUUCUUCACGCAGAUCAUCUUUUCUCCAAGAUCAAAACAAGGUGCAACAUAGCCGCUUUAGUUGCAGAGACUGACCGGAUCCUCAGGCCAGAAGGGAAGCUCAUUGUUCGGGACAAUUCCGAAACAGUGAACGAGCUCGAAAACAUGUUCAAGUCAAUGAAAUGGGAGGUUCGAUUUACUUACUUCAAAGACAAUGAAGCAUUGCUGUGCGUUCAGAAGUCGAUGUGGCGACCAAAUGAAUCUGAAACACUCCAAUAUGCAAUUGCUUAGAGGCCAUGGCUGUCUUUAUUAUCAAAUCAUCGUCCCACUCUACUUGUUGGCAAAGGAGGGGAAAGGUUAGGUCAAAUUCUUUUUUGGUUCUGGUUAUUCAAAGUCUCGAUAUUAUGGCCAUGUUACUUCCUAAUUAGGUAGUGUAUCAUCUCAUCUACUAGGCCUUUGAGUGUAAUUCAUUUUUCCUUCUACUCACUCCACCUUUGCAACCUAUUCCUUCUUUAAAGGCUCUGUUCAGUUUUCCUUGUACUCUAUGAUACUGAUAGUUAUUAAUGAAAAAUUACAUACAUUCUUGCAUA